UAGUAUAUUAAUAUUUAUUUAAAAUUAUCAAUAAAUUAAUUAUAUAUAAAUCAAAGAUAAAUAAAAUUUUUAAAUAUUAUUCUCAAAAGAUACAAAACUAUAAACUUAAAUUAUGCGGGUAUUAUGAAAUAGGAAAUACAAUGGCGCUAUCUACAGGAUUGAUAAUAGAAUCAAAUAAACCGGAAACUGUAGUCGCUCGCGUAAAGGCCAGGAGCAAGCGUUGGCCACAUGUGUUUUGUAGACCGCUUUUCCGUGGAAAAAGAUCACCGAAAAUGCCGUGUUUACGUAAUCUGUGGUAACGUGACGUUGAAACGGUGCUCCUGAACUCGCUGCUGUUGUGACAAAAUUUUUAGCCUGUAUUCAAGCCAGUCAAAAAAGAUUUGCAAAAUAUAAAGAAGAACGUAAAGAAGAAAAAUUACUUGUACUAACAAGGUGUACCCUGGUUGUCUGCUAACUUCCUUUUUUCUACUUGGCACGUAUUGCAUAUACUGAUAUAUUUUCUCGACAUUUUUCAUCCAUAAAAAAGGUAGAUUUAAUCAUUAUUUAAUUAUUUAUUAUAGAUCAAAAAAAAAAAUUUAUACCGGCUCAUUUUUGAUCAUUUUGUGAAAUCGCCGAGUCAGCGUGUUCUUAACCACGCAACUUAUUUCCUCAUGUAAAUGUAUUAGAAAUUCUUCGUACAUUCAAUUAUCGUGAUAAAGAUUUUUGUCAAAAAAUUUUUUUUUCAUUGGAUAUUGAAAAAAAUCUAACAUAAGUGAAAUAAAAAAAAACUGUUAGAUAUUCGAUAACGACCGCAUGUGCAUACCGCGCCUUCUGGAAAGAGCGAUACCUCGUGACGAGAACAUUGAGUGGGCGUUCUCUUAUUAACAAAAUAACUAACGACUGGCUUUUUAUAUUCGUGUAUAAUUUUUAUUAAAUUUAACGUGUCCGUGCAUUAUUGCACGAAUUUCAAGAAGAGAUGCGUCUAAUUCACGGCAUGGAGGACAUGCUUAAAUUGAUGCUUUAAAGCCGAAUCAACACACGAAAUAUUUUGAAUCUCCGAUCAAAUAACGAGAAUAUUCGGGUAAAUUAAUGUAUCCGAAGGUGUUCAAUGUUCCUCAGGACUCCUCAAUUGCCUGAGAGGAAGUAACAUCUUAUAAAAUUUUUUCGAGCCAAAUUCUCGUGGUCGGACUACCUCGUGUUUUGUCUUUCGGCGCGUACUAUUCAAGAUGGCGGCCAAGGUAGCCAACAGCACUCAGGGAAGUACCGAAAGAGAACAGUGCCCCGGGGUCUCUUAUGCAAGUAUCUUAAAUCCAAAAAGCAACAAUGAGAUCCGAACUGUUAAUAAGGGUAAUAAUAAGGAAAAUAUCGGUGAUCAAGUAGUUCAACACCAAUCAGUAUCUAUUAAUCGUAUUACUUCUCAAAGUCUAACUGCUAAAGGAAAAUCUUAUCAAAGAACUGGAAGAAGAGUUAAUUCACAAAAUAAAAUUGAAAAGCGUUAUGGAAAUGAAUUACCACCAACUGCAGAACAGAGCCAAUUAUUUAUACAGAAAGAAAAUUUAGUUGAGCAGCGACAAGAACCUAUUCUUGAAAAUGAACAAUUAAAUGGUGAUAUUGGAAGUGAUGGAGAGUUUCAAACAGUAGCACCAAAAAGUGCUAGGAGAAAAGAAAAAUUACAACAGAGGGAUUUAUUUAGAGAACGACAGAGAUAUCGUGAUCACAGAUAUCCUCUUCGUGGUCAUACUGGAAGUAAUGAAAGAUCAUAUAAAGAACGAGAUAGAGGAGAUAAAGGAGGUAUAGAUCAUAAUAUGGGAAAUAAGGAUAUUCAAAAAGAUAAAGAAGAAACAGAGACAGAAUCAGAAUUUCAACCUCCAAUUAAAUAUGUUGAAGCCCCUUUACCUGCAGUUAAUCCUUGGACCAAAAGUAAAAUUGUACCACCAACAACAUCUUCAAGUCUUGUUACUGCCAUAUCUUCAGGAAAUGUAACAUCUAUCGAAAAGAUUGAGAAAGAGAAAAGAGUACUUCAACCUCAACAACAACAGGGUAUUAUUGAAAAUGGCAUUAACGCUGGAAAUCAUCCGACUAUUGUGACGGCCACAAAAGAUAGAAGAAAAUUUAAUCGAAAGGCGAGCGACUUCUCCGAUAUUGGUGAUUGGCCAACCUUGGAAGCUUCGGGAGAGAAGAAAACAGUCGUGGCAGUACAAAAGCAAAAUGGUGUAAUUGAACAAAAUUAUAGUAAAGAAAGUAGUGGUAGUGCUAUUGAAAGUAGGGGAAAGGAAAAUAAGGAACAAAACCAUUGUCAAGAUGAUAAUGAAGAACAUAUAGAUGGUAGUGAAAAAAAAAAGAAAGUAAAUAAACAAAAAUGGGUACCAUUAGAAAUAGAUAUAACAAAGAACCGAAGUAAAAGAGAUCGUUCUCCAAAGUAUCACAAUCAAAGAGAAAAGAAUGGAGAAGAAACAGAUUCAUAUAGAAGUAGAGAACAUGAUAGACCUGCAUAUAUCACAAGAGGUGGACGAGGUGGACGAAGUUACAGAGGAAGAGGAGGACGAGGUGGACGAGGCGCCUACCGCGGUAGUUUUAGACAGAGGCAUGAUCAAGUCUAUAUGCAGAUGCAUAAAUUUGGACUUCUAGAUCCUAAUUAUAUGAUGGCUUACAUGGGAACGUUUUAUUUUAAUAAUACAAAUUUCAUUAAUAUAAAUACAACAACACUCAAAGAAUUUUUAAGAAAUCAAAUAGAAUAUUACUUUAGUGAGGAAAAUCUUUUAAGAGAUUUUUUUUUGCGUCGUAAAAUGGAUUCACAAGGCUUUUUACCUAUUACUUUAAUUGCUUCUUUCCAUCGUGUACAAACUUUGACGACAGAUGUUGGACUUGUUAUUGAAGCAAUUAUGGAAUCUGAUAAAUUAGAAUUAAUUGAUGGAUUUAAGGUCAGAACGAAAAUAGAUCCUUUGAAGUGGCCUAUCUUGGAUGCAACUGGAAAUCCUGUGUUCUCGGAAUCAUCUAAUACUUCCAAUCCGUCUCAAAACGAAGUAAUACUCUCCUCCACGUCUGAAUCAGAUUUUUGCCCUGCUGCUAGACCCUUAUCAACGAUUCCUAUUCCCCCAGUUCCGCGUAUUCUUCAAUCCAACCACAUUAUCCCAACAAUAGGAAGGCUCAGUGAAUCAGAAAGCAUAUCCUCGUCAAUAGGCGACAGUUUAAAUCCAGACGUACCGGAGUUCAUACCGAAUGAACUGACAGAAAAAAAUGAACCUAUUGCUGAUAGUAAAAAUGAACAAAUUAAGACAGAAGAACAGUCAAAAGAAAUGAAAAUCAUUCCAGCACCGAGUAACGAUUCAUCACUGUUCUCGAGAAAUGAAUUCUCGAAACCGGAUGAUGAAAUGUCUACAACGGUCAAAUGUUCUAGUCCAAGUUCAGCACCAAAAGUGCAAAUUAAUGGAGAAUCACAAUCGGCCAAUAAUGUUUGGAAAGAGGUAAGGCGAAGGGUGAAACCAUCACAUAAGGAGAAAAGCGAAGAAAAAGAGAAAGUUGAUAACGUUAAAAAUGAAGAAAGAGAAGAAUUAGACUUUCAAUUUGACGAGGAACUUGAUACACCACCACCAACUGGCCGGCACAAUGCAUUUUCUGAAUGGUCUGAAGAUGAUGAAGAUUAUGAAUUAUCAGAUAGAGAUGUUAAUAAACUUCUAAUUUUUACACAAACAACGGUGCCUAUAUCGACGCGUAUUCCAAAACACGAGGGUCAUGAUCGAACCGGUGACUGGACAACUAGAGUAAAAAUGACCCAAGAACUUGAGCAAGCUAUCAAUGAUGGAUUGUAUUAUUAUGAAGAAGAUUUAUGGAUAAAAGAUGGUCAACGGUAUGGAUCUUCAUCGUCAAUUGGAAGCUAUAAAACUGUCAAUGUCAUUAGUCAAGAAGAUUUUGAGAAAAUGGCUCCUAAAGCACCUAAAAAAGCCAAUCCAGAAGUUCCUCCUCCUCCGCCAUCUGCAAUAGAAGAUAUGGAAGUAUCACAUUCACUUCCAACACAGGUAAUAGCAAGUGUUGAUACUCAAGAAAGAAAAGAUCGUCGUGUAGAUAAAAAUCGUUGGAAUGAUAAGUCAAGAAAUAGUAGAAAUGGUAGAAGGGGAGUAGUUCCUCGUUUCUUUGCGGUAGUAAAGGAUGAACCUUCGGUCGAUCCUAGGACACCGCGAAAAAGAAAGACACGGCAUAGCAAUAAUCCUCCUGUUGAGCAUCAUGUUGGUUGGAUUAUGGAUGUUCGAGAACAUCGACCGCGUACAUAUUCUACAGGAAGUAGUGCUGGGACAAGUCCAAAUGAAGGCUAUCUUGCGAGUAGUUAUGGAAGCGCACCACAAUCUUUACCUACUUUUCAUCAUCCAAGUCAUGCUCUUUUGAAGGAGAAUGGUUUUACGCAACAGGUCUAUCACAAAUAUCAUUCGCGUUGUUUAAAAGAACGCAAAAGACUUGGAAUCGGCCAAUCUCAAGAAAUGAACACACUUUUCCGUUUUUGGUCAUUCUUCUUACGAGAGAAUUUCAAUCGUACUAUGUAUGAAGAAUUCAGAACUGUAGCCAAAGAAGAUGCUUCAGAGGGUUAUCGAUAUGGUUUGGAAUGUCUUUUUAGAUUUUAUAGUUAUGGUUUGGAAAAAAGAUUUAGACAUGAUCUUUAUAAAGAUUUUCAAGUCGAAACGAUACAAGAUUACGAAAGUGGUCAACUAUAUGGCUUAGAAAAAUUCUGGGCGUUCUUAAAGUAUUAUAAACAUUCUGAUCAACUUCAGGUAGAUCCUAAAUUACAGGAGUAUUUAUCCAAGUUUAAGAGCAUUGAAGACUUUAGAGUAGUUGAGCCUCAAAUAAAUGAAAUGCUACAAGCAUUUGCUGCAAAUUCACGAUCUCAGGCUGCGAAAAGACGAAACAGAAGUGUGUCCGAAAGUGCAGGUGAUGGUGAUAUUUCGUCCACCAAUAGAGUUCGUCGAUUAUCUGGCGGUUCCAGUACCGUAACACUGCCAAUCUCGAGUUCUGAAAACAAUCCUAUUGCGCAAAAAUCUCGGGUGGAAUCAGUGAAUCUUUCACAAUUUCGUAACAGAGCUGGUUCGUUCGGAUCUGGACGAUUAGCCCAUUCUAGAAGACGGAACGACAUUGCUUCCUCUUUCUCGAAUAGUCAACGAGAUUUAAAUAAACAACAGCAAUCACGAAGCAGACAAAAUUCUGGCUCUUGUACAAAGCCUCAGGAAGUGAACAGCAAAUCUCAAAAUAGAGAUCGUUUGCAGAUGACUUCGAAAUUCGAGCAGAUGAAGUCGGUUACAAUCAAAACGGAUAGUACGUCAAUUUCUCAAAAAUGAGAUCAGCUUGAAAACCGAAGGGUAAGUGCAUAAGCACUUACUCGAUUUGCUAAAAUGAAUAAGUGCGUUGGUCCUGGGAUAGGAAUAAUACUUGUUCUAAGGAAAGGGAAUAUUUCGUUUGAAAAAUAAUACAGAAGGUCACAGUGUUCUAGAAUGUGUAAAAGAAUAAGCACAAAAUUCUGUAUAUAAAAAGAUGAACUGAUCAGCGCAAUUUUAACUUUGUUGAAGAUCGUUAGGGAAGAAUAAUGAAACUGUAUGUGACGCUAUAAACGAAGGUGGGAGAUUUCCUUCGUCUCUAAGAGAAGUUCAUCGAGCUGUUUUUAAGGUAGUUCGUUAAGGUUGUAUUUACGGAUAUACAUAUAUUCAAUUAUUCUUACUUAUAUCAGGAAUAUAUUAAACUCAGAUUAAACUCUGCUCAGUUCAUCCAUUAGGAUACUUGCUAAAAUUGUAGCAGCAAAGAAAAAAAGGCCAUCCAGAUUGAAUGAGCACAUCUGGAGAAUACAGACACGAUAACAUUUCAUAAUAUCAAUGAAUUCGUAUAUUCGCAUAUUCAUUGAAAACAAUUUAUUCAAAUGAAUUUUUCCAUUUGGAAAGAAAAAGAAGUUAUAGGUUUUUAAAGUGUACAAUGUAUACAUUUAUGACGACAUUAUUAUCGAAAAAGUUGAAAUCGAGAAAAUGUUCUUUCUUAUUUUAUCAUUGCUCGAAUUAUUAUGUCUUCAUUCAUAGAAGAAUCAUUUAUAGAUAAACUAUAUGAUAUAAAAUUAAAACUUCAAUUUAGAGGAUAGUAAGAAAUAGUUAUCAGUAUAAAUUUGUUCAUUCUAUCUUCAAUUAUUAAAUUCAACAAGACAAAAUAUUUAAUGCACGUUGAAUCUCAAAAUCUGAUUUUUGGAUUAUGAAUUAUCAGGACAUGUUUCUUCGUCCUUUAUUAAUAGAAGAAACUAAUUUGAUUUCAAAUUAAUAUGAAUAAUCGGCGAAUAUAUUUGAUUCAUUUGUUUAUUUCAUUAUAAGUUAUUAUUUUUAACAUAAUAUAAUUUGUCUCGUUAAAAGUAAUUUCUUUAAAAAUGAAUUAUAUAUCGUUUUCAUCAUCGAUAUUUAUCAAAAAUUUGACUUUUGAAUCGCAUUCAUAUCAAUUUCAAGACAGAGAAUACAAAAUGUAUAAAAUUUUUAAAAUAUUUUUUUGUUUUAAUUUGGUAAGAACAUCACGUACCUAUAUUUUAUUACUUAUGAUUCUAAAUAUUGAGAAUUAUCUCUCUAACUUUUUUUUAUAAUUUAUCAAGUGUUUAAUUAUAUGAAAAGCUUAGCUUAAUAUAGAUAAAUAGUUUUUUGACAAAUUGUGUUACAUGUUUGAUUAUCUAGUAAUACUAAUUGAAACUUAAAUAAUUUCGAUGCUUAAUAAAUUAAAUCAAGUGUUGAAUCAAUUAAAAAUUUCUUAAAGCAAUUUCAUAUGAAUUAAAUUGAAAACAAAAAUGUAAUUAUUACCAUUGUAAAUGUCAUAUGAACAUAUGAAGGAUAUUCAAUUCGUAGCCGAUGGACAAUAUUAUAUUUUAUGUAUAGAAAUUUAUAAAGGUUGUUCCUUUAAUAAGAUACAUGUAAGUUUAUUAAUUUUCAAUUUAUCUCAAUGUUAUGGAGAAUGUUUGAAGAAUUAUGGAGAAAAUAGUAAUAGUAAAAAUAAUAACGACAUCACUAUGAAGAUGGAUAUUUAUUUGUUUCUUUUAUAUAUACCAUAUCAAAUAUUAUUUAAUGAUAUGAUACAAUGUAAUUUUCUAUCCGUAUCAUUAGUACAUAUUCGUAUCAAAACGGACUUAUCCAUAUGCGGAGUAAAAUAUAGAUAUUCACAGCAAAAAUAAAAAAGCAACAGAUAAUGAAAUGCUGUCCGUCCAAAUAGGUUCAGCUAUAUAGAUAUUUCUCUGUUGUAAUGACAAAAAAUUCAGAAAUAGCCGAUUAAUCUAUGUUCAUACUUUUGUAAUUUUCAUAUGUAUGGUGAAACGCAUGCCCGUCCAUAUUAACGCAAUGGUCAUACGAUAUAGAGGUACAAUAAUAAAAGAAACAAAUGGAUAACAUUUUUAUAGUAAAAAUUCUUGUUAGUUCCAAACAUAAAUUAUUUUAUCUUAUUUUAUUUCUAUUAUCAAAAAUUGAAAUUCAAUUUUAUUAAUCAAAUAUUCUAAUUGCUACUCUUUUUAUAUUAAUUUCUAUAUUAAAAAUUUUUUUUUUAUUUUUUUAAUGAAUUUCAUUUAUUAGUUAUAUUUGCUCUAUGGUUCAAUUUCUUUAAUCUUCUUUAUAUCUUUAUAUCUUUUUAUAAAUUUAGAAAAUGUAGCAAUUAAAAAAUUCAUUUAUAAAUAUUCAUCAUACUUUUUACUUUAUUGCCGAAAACAGAGAUAAAACGAAAUUAUUAUCUAUUUGUUUUUUAAUGCUUUAACAUUCCUGACAAACAAUUAAUUUUUUAUGAUUAAUCGACUAUCAUUUUUGAUCUAAAAUUAAUAAUUAAUCAUCAAAUAUUAAUAAAAGUAUUAAUAUUAUGAUUGCGCAAAAAAAUAUUUAAAAAUUAGGUUUUUGUCGAUCAAAAAAAAAUAAUUUUCUUCAAACAAAACUCUUAAUGAAACUAUAUAAAAUUUUAUUGAAUAUUAAAUAUAAAAAACUAUUCAAAUAAUCAGAAAAAAAUGUUAAGGACAGAUAAAGAAAAUUUUAAAUUUAAUAAUAAUAAGAAAAAUAUAUUUAUUGGUCGUACACAUAUUUUGGCAAUUUAUCACGUGACUCGUGAUUUUUUGUUUCAUGGUGAUUAAAAGUCGUUCGCUGAUUCUCCGCAUGGUGCUCUCUAUUCCGUAUGGCUACUAAUUCUAUUAUUGUGACGAUGAGAUUUUCGCUCAGUAAUCGAAUAUCUAAUUUAUUUCAACUUUGGUGAGUAGUUUGCUCGCAUAUUCCACUCGGUAUUCCUCACUAUGUUGUGCUCGCUAUAAUAAACUUAAUGACUAAAGUACUAACUCUAUUUGUAGAAAUGUAUACAGUUUUGACUAAUGUGCAUGAUACUAAACCGAUUUAUUCGUUAAUUGAUUCUUCCCGAUCAAUUUUCUCAGACACAUACAAUUUUCUUUCUUGAUAAUCCGGUUAAUUCUUGUAUUUGAGAAAUUUUAUAAUACAAAGCGACGAUAUGAGCAUGAAACAAAUCUGUAAGAAGCUUAAUAAUUUUUUCAUUAAUUUCAAAAUAUGGGCAAGAUACUUUUGCUCUUCUAAAGAAUAUAUAAUUCUUCCGCUAGAACAUCCAAAGACAGUGUUGCUGAUAACAUAAUUUUGUUUUUAUUUUUUACACACAUCUCAACAUGAACUUAUGUUAUAAUAAAAAAACAAUUGCCAAAUCACAUAUAUUAUAUGACAUAAUAUGACAUAGUUAUAUAUUACACAGCAUAGUAAUGUUUGCAUAUAUUUAUCGAAAUAAAGACAAAUCUGUGGCACUGCUUUUGGAGCCCCUAGUAAAAAAAUCAUUCUGUAUUCAAGGUGCAAAUUGUAAGAGAAUAAUUUAUUGCUUUUGAAUUUAAUGUGUCUACCAUUAUAUUUAUAUUAUUUAAUUUGAAUAUCCAAAUAUAUAAAUGUUGCGUUAGUUGACCAUCAUUAUUUAUAUUAGAGUGGAGUAAUAUCAUGUUUUUAUCAAUUUCUUGUCAAAUUCAUAUUUCAUUGAAAAAAAAAACAUACUCAGAAUUUUUUGAUUUAACUCUAUUUUGAUACCGAUCAUGAAACUGAAUUGUGAUCAGCUAAUGCGAUUAUAUAAAUAGGCCUAUAUGAAUAUGUAGAUAAACUUUUUUUUGAGGCCUCUGAAGAUUCAGAAUCGAGAAUUUCCGAGAAAAUCGACAUUGGAAAUUUCUCGAGUACAUGUGCACUUAACUCCCGACUGAAUAGUGAUAUAAUAUAACUGGGCAGGGAUAUUCUACAAAUAGAAUAUAUGUAAAAUAAUUUUUUUUUUUAGAUUUUGUUUCCAAAAAAAAUCAAUUUUGAAAAUUUGUCGAGUAUACGUUUUAUUCCUGAAUAAUAUAAUCUACUAAAAAAUUAUUUAACAAAAAAAGUAAAUUAAAAUAAAAAUGUAGAAUUAAAUUUUUUUUUUUUUGAUACUUUGAUGCUUCUUUUUAAAAAAAAUCAAAUUUUAAAUAGGAGUAGUUGAUAAUUGCAUUCACUAUAUUAUGUACACACUAUAUUAUGUAUAUUAUGACGUACACAUUUAUUCGUCAAAUAUUCAAAUCUGAUUUUCAUAAAAAUGAAUUUUUUAAUGAAAGAAUGUUAUGUCUUUUCUUUUAAAAAUCUUUUUAAUCAUCGCCGUUUAUAUUAAUCACCACUUAUUCUGGUAUAUAUUCUGUAUAGGGUAUAUUAUAUAUUGUAUAAAACGUUAGGCGCUUAAUAGGAUACAUAGAAAUUAUAAUUAAGCACUUAUAAUAACGUGUUAGUCAAAUUAAGUAAAAAAAAUUUUAAAGAUAAACAAAAUUGGUUGAAGUUGGUAUCUAUUAAAUCAAAUUCCAAUACAUAAUAUUAAUAAAGCAUAGUCAAACUAAUUAUAUUAUUUAAGAGCAUAAAUUUGAUCAUUUAUAAAAAAUAAUAUUUAUAAAUACAAACGGGUAACAUUCUGCUAAUAUUUACUGUUUUGAUUCCUUGUUGACAAUUUUUGGUUUAUAGAAAAAGAAUUAAAAAGUCGAUAUUGAAUUUCCAUACAAGUGCCUGGAAACUCUACAAAUCCGUUCUUGUCUUUUAAUGUACUAGUCACGCAUUGAGUCAACGUAAUCGUAAAUAUUGUUUUUGCAAAAAUAAUGAACAAGAUGUAAAAAAAAAUUUUUUUUUUUUAUCUUAUUUUUUAUAUCAUAAUAAUUAUCGUACAAUUUUAUAUUUGUAAAAUUGUAAUAAUUGGAGGAAAACCUGUAUCACGAAACAAUUUAAAUCUUUUAUAGCAAAACUAGUGAAUUGUUGGCAAAUAUUCCUUCCUAUUAUUCGUGCCUUGCACACAAAAUCGAAUAAUCUUCCUUUACAGUAUCUGUAUCUUAUGAAUUCGCCAUUUUUUAAAUGAAUAUCUAUUAAUAUUUGUACUCGAAUAUUUUUUUUUUAUUCUCGAAGGAUAUAUUAAGAAGAUAUCUUUUUAAAGUUUUUCUGCAUAUCCAUAAGAAUUCAUGAAUUCAUCCAAGAGUUAUAUUUUUGUAUAUUUAACACUUUGUUCUUUUUGUUUUGUUUUAUUUUGUUAAUCGUUUUUUUUUUCUCCAUUUUUUAACACAGAUUUAGAACAUUUCUAUUGUUAUUUCAUAUAAACUACUCCCCAGAUUAAUCACAUUAUAUAAUUAACAUAAAUAUAGUACUUGUUGAACCAAAAUAAUUUGGCAAUUUAUGAAAUUAGAAUAAAGCAAAUUGUCAUUAGGAUACUUUGAGAGGGACCGAGAUGAAAAUGCAGCAGAAAUAGGUAUACAUUGAUUGGUAUAUUGAUUCGAGAAAUAUUAUAUAAUGAGAAAAUUCAAGAAAUUACAAUCAUAUCAGAUAAUAUAACAACGAAGUAAUUUAUUUAUAUAUAAUCUUUUAUUAAUAAUAAUACGAGAUAUAAUAUGAAGUAUAAUAUGUUCUUUGCAUGUUUUCUAUAUAUUCUGUUUCUUCCUCUCAUCGUUUCCUUUUGAUUCUUUGUCAUAUCUAAAUUUCAAAAAAAAAGAAAUUAAUCCUCAAUUGAUUUGUUAUAAUCUGCUUUUCAAUUAUUUAUAAUUUGUUUUACAUCUCGAUGAUAUUUAUCUUUACAUUUUGAUUAUAAAUCAAUGAACUUCAAUUCAAUUAUUGAGAAUAUAUUUAAAUGAAUAUUUAUUAACUUUUUAAUUCAAUUAUAAUUAGAAAAUAUAUAUGUGAUUGUACAAGUUAUAUAAUGAGAUGUGCGUCGAUUUUUUGAAAAUCUUGACCUCGUACUAAUUACAAAAUAAAAACGUGCGUUGCUCGUCUUUGGAGAGCGGUGAUCAUUUUAGAGUUCCUAUGUCCGUUCGAAUUAACAUUACAAUACAUGCUAUGAAUAUAUUGGAAACGCAUUAAAGCACCUGAGAGGUUAUGUUAUUCCUUUUAGAAGAAUUGCAUUGAUUACACCUGAUAAAAAAAAUAUCUUUCAGAAAUUUUUUUAAGAAUGUGUUAAAGAUAACUGUAGAAUUUUUUUAUAUUUAUUAGAAGACAGAAUUUAUAAUGCAAAAAAAAAUAUUUGUUUACGAUUAUAUACAUAUUAUAGACAUUCUUGAAAAAGCUCGAUUUAUGUCUUUUAUUAUUAUUAAUAUUAUUAUUUUUUUUUUUUUUAUAACACUUAGUCAGUAUUCUUUAAUUCUCGCCCAGUUUAUUUUGAUCCGAUUUUCUAUAAUUCGUACUUAAUUAAUAAAGUAUAAAAAUCAAGAUAUAUUUUAAAAGUUUCAGAAUUCAUUUAUAAAUGAUACCGUUUACAAAAAAUUUUAUUUUAAUUAUAUUUAUAAUUUAUCUUGAAAAUUGUGCAUUAAAAAAGAAUUCGGUUGCAUAAUAAUCUUUGCGAUGAUCUUCUAAGUAUUAAUGUAAGCAUAGACUCGAAUCAUUAGCUAUUAAUAUAAAUAUAAAAAUCGCGAUGAUAUAAUUUAUAUUAUGUCAAUGUAUCUCAUCAAAACUUAUAAGUAACGAUUUAGAGAGCAUCACAUAAGUGGAAUCAAAAAGAGCGAGCAAAGUAUAGGCGGUAUAUGAUGUAACGUGAUUAUAAAAUCAAUUAGACAUUCAAAUUAUUAAUUCCAGAGUCGAAACAGGGAGAGAUAAGUAAUUUGAUUUCUUUAAAAUUAUGCAAUCUUAGAAUUGUUUCUUGUAAUAUUGUUCUAAAAAUAUUAUAUUUAGCAAAUAUUUUUUUUUCCUCAGAACUCUAUCUUCUCUAUAUUCGUAUUUUAUUAUCUUAAUGAACAAUUUACAUAAAAAUUUGUAUACAUAAAUAUAAAUUAUCGAUAUUAUUUACAUAUACAAGAAGCAAUUCAAGAUGUAGAAUGGCUUAAUUUAUGAAUGAAUGUUAUGAAGAGUAUGUUUAUAUUCUCAAAUAUGGGCAAUACCUAUAAUACAAAAAUAUACAAUUUUGCCGAUAUAAUUUUUUGAUAUUGCUAUAUUAAUUCCGUAACUAUAUCUCUUUUGUAUUGUUACGUACACAAUACGUGUUACGUUUAUUAAUUUUCCUACAUCUAUAACUUUUAUUUUUGUUUCCAAUGAAAAGAUUUAGAAUAGAUUUUAAUCAUGAAUUUAAAAAGUGAAAUAAUUUACUAACGAAAAAUUUAAUAAAUUUAAAUCUUAUUUCUUACUUUAUUUUAAAUUACUGAUAAUUUACUAAAUUAAAUUUUCAAAAGUUAAAUAUUUUAAAUAUAUAUAUUUCAUAUUUUUUCACUUAGAGAAAAAAAUCUUUGUAUUCCUUUUUAAAAUUGAAACAUUAAUAUAAUAUUAACAAUUUUUGACAAUUAGUUAAUAUCCAUUUUGUUUCGAAUGUUUGUUGCAGCUUUAAGUUGAUUCAUUUCACGAUAAAUUUCGUAAUGUGACAAAUCAUUUGACAUCACUGUCGAGAUCAUGAUAAGAUAUUUGAUAAAAAAUUCAAAUUCAUGAUAAUGAGAAAAAGAAAUUAAUAAAAAUAAAAAAAAACAGUAAAUACAACAAUCUCGAACGAACGGUUUGCAUAAAGAGAGGGAUUAAGAAUAAAAUUGAAUAAUAGAAAAAAUUGGUGCCAGAAAAAGAAAAAUGUACACGAAGAAAGAUAAACGAAGUUUAUCAAAUGGCAAAUAUCUUGCGUACGUAGAACGUGUUCAUGGUCUCUAUUUUGCCAUUUCAUACAAAAUGGCUUUAGAAUUAAUAAACUAAAAUUAGGUUUUAAGCGAGUGAUUCAAUUUUAAUUAAGAAAAAAAUAAUAAAAAAAAUAAAAAAAACGUAUCGCUACAAGAAGGAGAAAAAUCAUGAUAGAUUUAAUCGAAUUUUAAGGUUAGGGGUAACGAUAAUUAUUGCUAAGAUUCGAUUGUCGUUCUUGUUGAAUUUCAUUCCUCUGUCGUAAUUAUACAUUUAAGUAACUUGAUAUAAAACAUUUGUUAUUUUGAUGUUAAGUAAUAUUUAUAUCAUGAAUAUUUUUUUUGUUAUUGUUAUUUUGUUGUUUUAAUAUUUAAGCAUGAUUUGUUGAUGAAGGAAAUUGUGUAUAUAUACUCGAUGACUGUAAUUUUAAUUUGUUGUACAACAUAGUUAUAAAAAAUGAUCAUGAUAUUCAUUUCAUUAUAUAUACAACAAUUUGAAAUGAUAUUUUUCUAAUUCUUUACCAAAUUUUAAUUAUAUUCGAAAGAUGAUUUUACAUAAUUUUUUAAUAUUAAUUUGUUUAAUUUCUCGUAAUUUAAAUUUUAUUCGUUUCUCAAUGAAAACAUAAUAGUUGAUUACAAUUGCUUAAUGAUAAUUAUCAUAAAUAGAAUGUUUGGUUAAGAUCAGUACGAUUAUAUCGCUAAGAGAUAUAAAUACACUUGUAGAAGAAUAUAUAUAAGACUCAGGCCACCAUUAAAGUUCAUGAUUCAAAACGAUUAGUCUUUCCUUCAAUGUAUAUUCAUGGAAGUUACGGAAGCAUAUUUUCUUUACGUAUAACGUUCAGAAACUCGAGAAUGGCAUUAACAUGUAAUAAGAGAAUAAUAUUCACUAAUAUUUUUUAUAUAUAUAAAAGUCAUAUUAUAAUUUUAUUCUAUUCUAUUUUUUUUUAUUGUUAUUUAUGAUUAAUUUCUAAAAUGAAAUUGAGCAUAAAAAACUUCACAGUAGAUAAAAAAUAAAAUACGACAGAGGAUUAAACUAGUUGAAAAAUAAAUUAAUUUCUUGAAUCAUUACAAAAGAAAAGAAUAUUUUUUUUUGUUAACAUGAACGACGAUCUUAUAGAAUAUUGUAAAUAAUUUUUACUGGAAGUCCUUAGAUCCGUGUCACCCAGCAGAUAUUCUGUUGUAAAGGGUUCAAAGAAAAAAAAAUGCACUAUAUUUAUUGCAAAUUCUUAUGUUACUUAUAUGUAUACACAUAUUAUAUUCCAUAUAUAGAAUAUAUAGGAUAUUCUAUAUAUAAAAUAUGUGUAUAUUGCUGAUUAAAAAAAAAAAAAUUCUACGAUAAGAUUUAUGCUAAACUAUACAGAUUACAUAUAAAUUCAAGUCAGAAAGAGUGUUGAGAUUGAAAAAAAAAAUUGUUUUAUAAAACGUACCUUUUAUUUUAUGCCAAGAUUAACUUUAUAACGACUUAUCUUUUUUUCUUUUUUUUUUUUGUUUUCGUUUUCUAGCUUGAUCUCUCAAUUAAACUCUCGUAUUUGUACAUGUAUAUAUAGUGUAAUUAUAGAUCUUUUGGUUUAUACCUCAUCCUUCAGGUUUUUUUCAUUAACUUCGAUUGUGUAAUUGUAAUCGAUUGAAAAAAAAAAUUACUAAAAUGAAAAAAAAAUUAUUGUUAGCAUGUUAUACUUAUAAUUGUAGAUUUAAGGUUAGCUCAUCAGGAUUAUGUAAAAAUCUUUUUGCAAAAUUCAUCUUUAAAAGUGACAGUUAAUCUUUGGUGUAUUAACAAUAUUUAGAAGCAUUAAUCGGUUUUAAAAGUGAUUGACAAAAGUUUUUUAUUUAUCGAUAAAAAAAAACUUUGUUUAUAUUGUAUAUUUAUUUGCAUUUCUAGAAACAUUUCGGAACUUUUAUUCCGUUCAAAUCAAAAUUUAAAUCAACUUCUUCCAUCUAAGUAAUUUUUCUUCCUAUUUCACUGCUUCUAUAAAUUGAAAAAGAAUAUGUAUAUUUGAAAUUUGUUUUAAAUAGAAUAUUUACAAUAAUUCACUUUAUAAUUUGAAACGAUUUUAUUUUUAUAUCAUAAUUAAUUUUACAAUUAUUUUUGUGAGAAAAAUAAUAAAUAAACAAUUGAUGAAUUGAUGAAUUAUUCAUUAGAAAUUUAAUUGUGAUAAAUCAUUCCUUAGAAAAUUAAUUAUUCAAUAAUCGAUUGAUCAUUUUCUAGGGAAUUAAUUCACUAGAGAAUCAAUGUAAAUCAAAAUACGAAACUAAAUUAUAUAAGAAUUAUACAUUAUAUAUUCGAAAAUAUUUAAAUAAAAAUAAUAAAGAAAGAAAAAAAUGGAAAUGAAUGCAAUAAAUUGAAGAAAAGUGUACCAUAUUCAUCUUAAUAUUCAUAUUAUUUUAUUUAUUGAUUUUAAUUAUUGACCAAUUAUCAAGCGCCAUUUUUUAAUAUCUAUGAAAAAAAAAUAUCUCUAUGAAAAAAAAAAAGAAAGAAAUUAUGUAAAUUGUUCUACACGACUAUACAUGAUAAAAUAUUCGAUAAGGAAAUAAUAAUUAAAAUUGGCUAAAAAAGAAAAAAAGAAAAAGUAAAAUAAAAUAAUAUGUUGGAUAAAAGGAAUGUAUUGAACAAGAAUUUUAUCUAAAUUUUAUAACCUCCAAAGAAGAACUGAUAAAAAAUGGAAGGUUAAUAUAUAUAACAAAAAAAUUAUUUAAAAAAAGACAUAUGUAAUUAGGAGAAUAUUGAUCGUUUUUAUCCCUAACGACGAAUUAAAUAUAUAAUUUUAAAAAAAAUAAGAAAAAGAAAAAAGUAGGUUAUGUUUUAGUGUUGAUGGGAAGAUUUGCAAGAUGGUAGAAGCAGUUAGAAAAUGAUCGAUACAUAAGCAGUUUGGAGAAAAUCUAUGGACCAGGUUUUUUUGUUCAUCCAAAAUAAUUCAUGUAUUUUUUUAAAUUUAACUAUAAUAUUAGUACACGUAAAUGAUGUAGAUUGCAUUUUCUUACAAUUUGAGCUAUGACAAUGAUUUUGCAUAAUACCCUGAUAAAUCAGAAUACUGUCAAAACAAAAAAAUAUCAAUCAUGUAAAUAUGAUAUAUAUAUAUAUAUAUAUGAUAUAUAUGAUAUAUAUAUAUAUAUAACAUAUAAAUAUAUUAUAUGAGAUAUUAUUAUAUGAAAAAAGGUAAAGAGAUGUACGUUGUGUGUAAGUUACAUAUAUGUGUGUAUGAUAGGAGAUAUGUAUGAAUCAAUGAAAGAAAGAUAGAGGAAAUAAAAUGAAAAAAAAAAUAUAAACAUAUAUAUAUUAUAUAUAAUUUACAUAUUGUAGUUGUAAUACAUUGCCUAGAAAUAUGAGUAUUGAAUUGUAAGAAGUGAUGAUAUGAGCAAUCGUGUGAACGAUCUCUAAAUCUUGUAUGCAUAGAAAGAUACAAUGUUUGUGAAUGCAUUAAGUAAUAAUAACAAUAAUAAUAAUAAAAAAAAAGAACAAAAAAAAGCAAGCUGCAAAACAACAA